AUGGCGGCGCAAGCAAAGACGUCGAAGGAGACAAAUGUCCUCAACGUCUACAAGGGACCAGAGUCCAUCAAAGAUUACUUUGACCCUGACACAGCCCCUCCUCUGCCCCUCGUUGAGGUGCCCGCCUCGCUGAAUCCCUACCAUGGCGAUGGCAUCCGCAUUUUCGCCAAGAUGAUGUCUAUGCAUCCUGCGAACAAUGUCAAGUGCAUGCCAGCUUUGAAUCUACUCGAGAAGAGUGUUCAGCCCGAUGCCACAAAGACCAUUGUCGAAUACAGCUCCGGCUCGACAGUCCUGUCCAUGUCGCUGGUUGGUCGCGCCGUCUACGGCCUGGACGACGUCAGAGCCUUCUUGAGCAACAAGACCAGCAUUGCGAAGAUUCGGCUCAUGCAGCUUUUCGGUAUCAAUAUUACCCUCUUUGGUGGUCCCUCUCAGCCGGAGCCGCUAGAUGAGCGUGGCGGCAUCCGCGCUGCUCAACGUCUCGGCAACGAGACUAGUGACACGAUUAACCCCAAUCAAUACGAAAAUGAUAACAACUGGAAAUCGCACGUCCGCUGGACUGGACCGCAGAUUCUUAAACAACUGCCUGAGAUCAACCUUAUCUGCGCAGGCAUGGGCACAUCUGGAACCAUGACUGGACUAGGAACAUACUUUAAAGGUGCAAAGCCAAGCGUCUUCAGACUCGGAGUUUGCACCGCUGCAGGCGACAGAGUUCCUGGACCAAGAUCGUUCGCGCUUCUCAGCCCCGUCACAUUUCCUUGGAAGUCAUCUGUGGAUCAGGUUGAAGAAGUUGGCUCGUAUGAGUCAUAUCGUCUAUCUUUGGAGCUGUGUCGCCAGGGUCUCGUCUGCGGCCCCUCCUCCGGCUUCAACUUGAAAGGUCUGUACCAGUACAUCGAGAGGCAAAAGGCCGAGGGCAACCUCAGCAAGCUCGCUGGCCCCGAUGGUCUUGUCAACUGCGUGUUCCUCUGCUGCGACUUGCCUUACCAGUACGUCAGCGAAUACUUUGACAAGCUUGACGAUGCGUGCUUUCCGCCAGUGAAGAAUGAAGAACUCCUCAAGGUCGACCUGUACAGAUAUGAUGAGAAGUGGGAGUGGGAGGCGUCCAAGGCUCUGCAAGGCUACUUUCACGUCAACGAGGGGCAGAUGGACGAGCUCAUGCGCCGCGCGCAGGAGACGUGCACGUGUGAAAUUCCGAAGCUCAGUGCUGCCCUGCACCCGAGAGAUAACGCAGCCAUUCUGGACCUGCGACAGCCCGCGGAUUUCGAAAAGGGCAAGCUUCCUGGUUCCUUCAAUAUACCCCUUACACAUCCGGGCACUACAAGCCCAUUCUUUGAUCCUUCGACUCUGAGCCAGCUCUGGACCCAGCUGGAGAAGGAAUUUGCUUCGCUGAGCGGGGAGUUGGCCGGCCUCAAGGGCAAAGAUACACUCGUCGUCUGCUACGAUGGAGACAGCGCACGCGUCGCCGCUAGUGUCAUGCGUGCUAAAGGCUACGAGGCGAACAGCCUUCGUGCAGGCCUCGACGGCCUCGUGACGAUGCUCUCGACUCCUCAGACCUGCAGUAAGACCGCGCCUGAACAGCAGACCUCGUGGCUUCAGCUAUGCGAAGCCCAGCGACCACCAGCUGCCUCUGUUGAGGUACCCGCUUCGAAUCCGUCAUCCGAGCUCAGGAAUUUGCAGCAGGCUGCAGUCAGAGUGUAG